AUGGUCUCCGCCCUCAGGAUCCUAGACUUCCGGAGAGUUCCCCCGGUAGCGGGAAGACUGGUCAACAUGACCAGGGAGAUACGGGAUGUGACCAGGGACAAAAAGCUCUGGAGGACCUUCUUCAUCUCCCCAGGUAAACACACUGCUACUACAUUCUCACAACGAUCCCACAACAUUCUUACAACUUUACAACAACAUUCCCACAGAAUACCUAUGGAGUAGGGCAAACUCAAAACUUAGAUGAGAUAUUUCUUUAUUGUCUGUUUCUCACAGAUAACUUAUUCCCACUAUGGUUAGCGUUGCUAUGUGGUCCUAGCAACAGCAGUAGUUGAGUGUAGUUUCCAUACUUGAUCAUUUUCUUCAGGAAUGACUUGACCAGGAAAAACUCUGGUUCCUAGCUACUGUGUAGGCCUGUAGAGGAAUCAGACUGGCUAUUUAGAUUAAAUCUCUGGUUCCUAGCUACUGUGUAGGCCUGUAGAAUAAUCAGACUGGCUAUUUAGAUUAAAACUCUGGUUCCUAGCUACUGUGUAGGCCUGUAGAAUAAUCAGACUGGCUAUUUAGAUUAAAACUCUGGUUCCUAGCUACUGUGUAGGGCUGUAGAGGAAUCAGAUUGCAUAUUUAGAUUACAACUCUGGUUCCUAGCUACCAUGUAGGCUGAUAGAGGUAUCAGACUGGCUAUUUAGAUUAAAACUCUGGUUCCUAGCUACCGUGUAGGCUUGUAGAUGAAUUGGACCGGCUAUUUAGAUUAAAACUCUGGUUCCUAGCUACUGUGUAGGCUUGUAGAGGAAUCAGACUGGCUAUUUAGAUUACAACUCUGGUUCCUAGCUACUGUGUAGGCCUGUAGAGGAAUCAGACUGGCUAUUUAGAUUAAAACUCUGGUUCCUAGCUAUUGUGUAGGCCUGUAGAGGAAUCAGACUGGCGAUUUAGAUUAAAACUCUGGUUCCUAGAUACUGUGUAGGCUUGUAGAAGAAUCAGACUGGCUAUUUAGAUUAAAACUCUGGUUCCUAGCUACUGUGUAGGCCUGUAGAGGAAUCAGACUGGCGAUUUAGAUUACAACUCUGGUCCCUAGCUACUGUGUAGCCCUGUAGAGGUAUCAAACUGGCUAUUUAGAUUAAAUAUCUGGUUCCUAGCUGCUGUGUAGGCUUGUAGAGGAAUCAGACUGGCUAUUUAGAUUAAAACUCUGGUUCCUAGCUAUUGUGUAGGCUUGUAGAGGAAUCAGACUGGCUAUUUAGAUGAAAACUCUGGUUCCUAGCUACUGUGUAAUGUCUGUAGAGGAAUCAGACUGGCGAUUUAGAUUACAACUCUGGUCCCUAGCUACUGUGUAGGGCUGUAGAGGAAUCAGAUUGCAUAUUUAGAUUACAACUCUGGUUCCUAGCUACCAUGUAGGCUGAUAGAGGUAUCAGACUGGCUAUUUAGAUUAAAACUCUGGUUCCUAGCUACCGUGUAGGCUUGUAGAUGAAUUGGACCGGCUAUUUAGAUUAAAACUCUGGUUCCUAGCUACUGUGUAGGCUUGUAGAGGAAUCAGACUGGCUAUUUAGAUUACAACUCUGGUUCCUAGCUACUGUGUAGGCCUGUAGAGGAAUCAGACUGGCUAUUUAGAUUAAAACUCUGGUUCCUAGCUAUUGUGUAGGCCUGUAGAGGAAUCAGACUGGCGAUUUAGAUUAAAACUCUGGUUCCUAGAUACUGUGUAGGCUUGUAGAAGAAUCAGACUGGCUAUUUAGAUUAAAACUCUGGUUCCUAGCUACUGUGUAGGCCUGUAGAGGAAUCAGACUGGCGAUUUAGAUUACAACUCUGGUCCCUAGCUACUGUGUAGCCCUGUAGAGGUAUCAAACUGGCUAUUUAGAUUAAAUAUCUGGUUCCUAGCUGCUGUGUAGGCUUGUAGAGGAAUCAGACUGGCUAUUUAGAUUAAAACUCUGGUUCCUAGCUAUUGUGUAGGCUUGUAGAGGAAUCAGACUGGCUAUUUAGAUGAAAACUCUGGUUCCUAGCUACUGUGUAAUGUCUGUAGAGGAAUCAGACUGGCGAUUUAGAUUACAACUCUGGUCCCUAGCUACUGUGUAGCCCUGUAGAGGUAUCAAACUGGCUAUUUAGAUUAAAUAUCUGGUUCCUAGCUGCUGUGUAGGCUUGUAGAGGAAUCAGACUGGCUAUUUAGAUUAAAACUCUGGUUCCUAGCUAUUGUGUAGGCUUGUAGAGGAAUCAGACUGGCUAUUUAGAUUAAAACUCUGGUUCCUAGCUAUUGUGUAGGCUUGUAGAGGAAUCAGACUGGCUAUUUAGAUGAAAACUCUGGUUCCUAGCUACUGUGUAAUGUCUGUAGAGGAAUCAGACUGGCUAUUUAGAUUAAAACUCUGGUUCCUAGCUACUGUGUAGGCCUGUAGAGGAAUCAGACUGGCUAUUUCGAUUAACACUCUUGUUCCUAGCUACUGUACUUUAGAGGAAUCAGACUGGCUAUUUAGAUUAAAACUCUGGUUCCUAGCUACUGUGUAGGCCUGUAGAGGAAUCAGACUGGCUAUUUAGAUUAAAACUCUGGUUUCUAGCUACUGUGUAGGCCUGUAGAGGAAUCAGACUGGCUAUUUAGAUUAAAACUCUGGUUCCUAGCUACUGUGUAGGCCUGUAGAGGAAUCAGACUGGAUAUUUAUAUUACAACUCUGGUUCCUAGCUACUGUGUAGGCCUGUAUAGGAAUCAGGCUGGUUAUUUAGAUCUACCUCUAGUCAACAGUAGUGUAUUGUGUAUUCACUAUGCAGUAUACAGCUUAGUGGAAUUUAUUUGCAGGAACGACACAGAAAAACACAGAAUCUCCAGGGUGUCCCCCCAACACACACACACACACACACACACACACACACACACACACACACACACACACACACACACACACACACACACUUCAAAAAAACAUCUGAAAACAAUCGAACUGCAAACCACAAUAAUUCACCAGAAAGACUCAUAUUUAGAGGCUGGAUCCAAGUCCUACCCUAACAAGGAAUCUGAUCAAUAAUUCCCUUUAGCUUAGUGGCUCAGUGCUGGGCCAGUGGUGGUGAGGAACACAGACAGACAGACAGACAGACAGACACUCACAAAUACACACACACACAGAACACACAUCUGUCAAAGGUAACCUAAUCAUCCUCAUAGAUUAGUUGUUAAAGUUAUUGUCCGACAGACGGACGGAACAAUCUCAAGCCCUCUGUCUAUUACUUUGUCUGUCAUUCAGUCCUUUCAAUCCCACUUUACAUGAACUGAGCGAAAACCCUAUGUUUUUACAUUGUACUGAUACAGGCAUGUACCAUGUAGACUGGUUUGACAGGGACAUAGCAAAGAGGCCCUUUACAUUAAAUUGGAAGUUCAGUAUGUUACAAAUGAAUGUUUGAUGGUUCCCCACCCAGACAUGAGUUGGUGGUUAAAGUUAGUUACAUUUUGUAGUGGCUAUUUCAAGAAAACCGAGUUUACAGUUUCUCUUGGCCCUUAGGCUACUUUCAAUGUGAGGAACCAUAUAAGAUUAAGUUGUAAAACACUGGACUUCUCCUUUAAUGUAAAAGGCCAUUGCUGAAUUCUGAACUUCUAAUACCUGUCUUCAGACUGUCUGUUAGAUCCCCAUACAGCCCAGUGAACAGCUAUGUGGAGUAACAGAGGCCAUUCUAUCUGACAGGAGAUUACCGCUAGACUCAGACAGUUUGCUGGCUCAGCUCUCGCCUCCCUACCUCCCUGAACCCAAGAUUAAGAAACCAAUACCAGUCUGGCUCUACAACACCCUGCCAGCUUCCUCUCUGUACCUGUCUGUCUGUCUGUCUGUCUGUCUGUCUGUCUGUCUGUCUGUCUGUCUGUCUGUCUGUCUGUCUGUCUGUCUGUCUGUCUGUCUGUCUGUCUCUCUCACUCUUUCUCUCUCUCUCUCUCUCUCUCUCUCUCUCUCUCUCUCUCUCUCUCUCUCUCUCUCUCUCUCUCUCUCUCUCUCUCUCUCUCGCUCUCUCUCUCUCUUUCUCACAUCUCUCUCACACAGACACACACAUACAGACACACACACUGUCCCCCUCUCCUCUUCCCUUGCUCCCCUGCUGCCAACUAAAACCCAGUGUUUUCCUCUCUCCCCAGCCAAUAACAUCUGUUUCUAUGGAGAGUGCUCUUACUACUGCUCUACUGAGCAUGCUCUGUGUGGGAAACCGGACCAGAUUGAGGGUUCUCUGGCUGCCUACCUGCCAGACCUGGCCCUGGCCAAACGUAAGACCUGGAGGAACCCUUGGAGACGAUCCUACCACAAACGCAAGAAAGCAGAGUAA